AUUUCUAACAUUCCUUGCUGGUUUCAAUCAUGUCAAGCGAUGAUGAUAGAAAACACCAAGUGGAUGAUUCCUUCAUGCUCAAAGCUAUGCAACAACAAUUUCAGAGGCUAGACAUCAUGUUUGGUGAAAUUAAAGACAAAAUGGAGAGGCAAGAUGCAACCAUUGCCAAGUUAUACCAAAUACAGAAUGGAAGUCCAAAUUUGCAUAAUCAUGAUCUUGAUGACAAUGAUGAAGAUGCAUUCAACGAUGAUGCCCAGAACUCAAAUUUCAACAUGGACAGAUUUAUGAGAGGUAGAGGGGGUCAAAGAUAUAGAUUUAACAAAGGAGACCAAAAUCUAGCAAAGUGGGGAGAUCGGCAAGAUCAUGACUUAGGUAAUAUCAAGAUGAAGAUUCCUCCAUUUCAAGGCAAAAAUGAUCCAGAUGUGUAUUUGGAGUGGGAAAAGAAGGUGGAAUUGGUGUUUGAUUGCCAUAACUAUUCCGAGGAGAAAAAGGUGAAACUAACAGCGGUGGAAUUUACUGAUUACGCUGUGGGCCUUACUCAACGGUCCAAAAGCAUUGAGGGUUAUCACAAGGAGAUGGAAAUCGCAAUGGUUAGAGCGAAUGUCGAAGAGGAUAGAGAAGCAACAAUGGCACAGUUUCUGCAUGGUUUAAAUCAUGAUAUAGCUAAUGUGGUGGAAUUGCAACAUUAUGUUGAAUUAGAGAAUAUGGUGCACAUGGCAAUGAAAGUAGAAAGGCAACUCAAGUGUAAAGGUGCCACCACCAAAAUUGGGAAAAAUCCAGGUUCCUCAUUUUCUUCGAAACCAAAUUGGAGCAAAAAGGAAGAAAAUUCUGCUUUUAAGCCUAAAACUUCAGCAUCUAAGUCAAAAGAUGUUGGCAGCAGUGAGAAGAGUAAAACUGACAGUAUGCAAGGCAGAAACAGAGACAUUAAGUGUUUUCGAUGCUUGGGAAGAAGGCAUAUUGCAUCGCAAUGCACUAAUAAGCACAGGAUGAUCUUGAAAGAGGAUGGAGAAAUUGAAAUAGAGGGUGAAUCUGAUGAUGACUCUAUGCCACCAUUGGAAGAUGUUGAUGAUGGUGGCAUGGAAUAUGCUGUUGAUGGAGAACUGCUUGUCACCAGGCAUGCGUUGAAUGUGCAAGCCAAAGAAGAUGAUGAAGUACAAUGUGACAACAUAUUUCACAUGAGGUGCCAUAUCAAAAAUAAGGUAUGUAGUGUGAUUAUUGAUGGUGGCAGUUGUACUAAUGUAGUUAGCACUGUUUUUGUUGAAAAGCUUAAUUUAGCGAUGAUGAAGCAUCCAAGGCUAUAUAAGCUGCAAUGGUCAAAUGAUUGUGGAGAAAUUAAGGUAAAUGAGCAAGUUCUAGUUUCAUUCUCUAUCGGACGAUAUAAGGAUGAGGUAUUGUGCGACUUGGUUCCCAUGCAUGUUGGACAUUUACUUUUGGGGAGAACAUGGCAAUAUGAUAGGAGAGUAACACAUGAUGGCUUCAAAAAUCACUAUUCGUUCAUCAUGGAAGGGAAAACAAUUACUCUUAUGUUGCUGAGUCCAAGGCAGGUUUAUGAGGAUCAACUGAGACUGAAAAAAGAGAGUAAGUUGAGAAAAGAGAGUGAGCUUGAGGGUAUGAAAAGCAGAGAGAAAACAACAGAGGAAGAGUUAAAAAAGAGAGAAAAUCAGCGUUCUAAGCUGCAACCAAGAGGCGAUGGACCAUUUCAACUGAUUGCGAGGAUUAAUGACAACGCAUACAAGUUGAAGCUUCCUGGACAAAUCCUUUUGAGGACAAAUCCUUUUGAGGAGAGAGGGAAUGAUGGGAAUCAAGACGACAGCAUAUCUACUACGUCAUGUGAUCCAUUACACACCCAAGGAGGUCCAAUCACGCAAGCUAAAGCUGAGAAGAUGCGUGAAGCUUUAUAUGGUUUUAUUGAGCAGAUCUGGGUUGAAAACAACAUACAACAAGCAAAUUGAAGCUUGAAUGAUUAUCAAGGCAUGGUAAACAUCAUUCAGGUUCAAGAGAAGCUUAGUUGAGGUCAUUUGCACGGAAUUACACAGUUUGCAUCAAAAUCGCACAAUUCUGCCGCAAUUUGUAGCAAACUAAUAUUUCGUGUUAUUUUAGGUUAUUUUUAGUGAUUUUCACGUUUUUUAUAUUAUUUUUGGGCUGAACAUUCGCUUAUUUG